UGUAGCUUUAUGUGUUAUGUGACGGACGGUGGCUCAAGUGCGUGUGAGUAGUUAAAGAGACUGAUAUCGUGCUUUUCAUUUCUAAACACCCACUACCUCGCUUUCUAUCUGUCUGCCUAUCUAUCUCUCAUAUCUCACUCUCACUCUUUCUCUCGCCCUCCCUUUUAUUCAUACAUAUAUUCUCUCUUUCUACACAAGUUACGUUUUCCCAUUCUUUCUCCUUUUUUCUUCCUUUUUGCUGUUUGACGAGGCGGAGAAAAGCCUGUGUUACGUGCACACGCUUCCACUUCACGCCUUCAUUUGUCGCAUCCAGCAGUUUACAUACAACAAAGUUUACAUACAAACUUGGGUUGCAUGGCGAUGGCACUGAUUGAUCGAUUCUCUGCGAAGCUGCCUCGGUAUUUUACCAUUUUUAUAGUUUUUCUGCCACUUCUCGUCCACUCGAAACUUUUUAGAAAUGGUCGCCAUGUUUGUAUAGAAGAACGACGAGUGUCUGUUCCUCGAGAGCACACUGAAACCUAUUACCGACCUGUUUACAAGCGGCAAGUAGAAGUCUGCGAAGGAUUUAAACUCUGCUCAACCCUCAGGGUUGUUUACAAACUCGCCAUGCGGAAGGUGUACCGGACAGAAGUACAAACUAAACUGAUCAACAGCUGUUGUCCUGGUUGGCUGCAAUUUGAUAAAAAUUCCCGGGAUUGUCUCAAACCUGUGUGUCGUACGGAUUGUAAUAAUCGCGGAACUUGUACGGGUCCAGACACUUGUAGAUGCAACACUGGAUGGGCUGGACCAACAUGUGAAACAGAUUUGGAUGAAUGCAGUCAAGAAAUGCACAUGUGUCAGCAAACGUGUCUGAACACACUAGGAAGUUAUGAAUGUGGGUGUUACGAAGGGUUCCAGGUGGCCAAAGACAAGACCUCUUGUGAAAUAUGUUUAACAUGCAAUGAAGAAUACAGAGACUUACAAGCUGAUGUCAAGAAUUUAACAGAAAAGGUUAUAAUACUGGAAAAAGAAAAGGAAGAAAUGUAUGAAAGUAUAAAUGUCAUACAAAGAGACUACAAGAAAACAAUUGCACUUAUAAAUGAUAUUAAAAAACGACCGACACCAAGCCCCACAACGGUAAAAACGACCUUGUCUUCCAAUGGUUAUUAUUCUGCUUAUGAUCUACGGGAAAGAGUAGAAUCUCUCAGUGAACAGAUUGGUAUCCUAGAGGAAAAACUAUCAACAACAUGUUCUUGUCAAUACAAUUGACUGUGAUAUAAGAGUAGACUCUGAAGAUAGUGACGUGUGCUCAUCUUAUAUCAACCCAUUUCAACCAGCCGUCCCAUGACGAAAUUAAGCAAUACAGAAGUUGAAUGAUGUCAAAUCCACUUCGCAACUUGUACAAUUAUAUCAAGGCUUGGCACUCGGCUGUUCCUGAUAGAAAACUAUCAACAUUGAUACAUUUAUCAACACCAAAAGUUUGCCAUGAUGACUAUGUACAUGUAUUUGAUGUACAAAAUAAAACCCCUGCACAACAUAUUAUAUAUAGAUGGCUUGAACGAAAA